AUGACUACCCUAGUUUCCCCAGCACACACCCAGUUUUCCCGACGGGUAUCGUUCAACAAUCUUCACCAUGAUGACUGCGACGGUCUCCAGAAUGCUUUGGCCAAGCCUACCUCUCCCAAGAACUCGCUUUCUGCUGCUGCUGGCCCUAUCGACGUCACGUUUGGAUAUGGUUCAGCUGUUCUAAACGACAUCCAAAAGGCAUACAAUAAUUCGACAUAUAUGCCGGUCAAGAAGAAGUUGAGAUUGCCUGACCCUCCAUCAAAGUCGAUUCUCAAGAACAAGGUUCUGCCACAACAGCUAGAGUUCAAUGAGAAGAACGGAAUCAACUUCGACGACUUCCUGGAUAAGACCAUCAACUAUCAUGAAGAUCUUGACAGCGCUGUAGACGACAGCGAAGAACCAGUCUCCUCUGGCAACUCUCUUGUAGUCCCUGGAGCUGGAGCCAACAAAGGCAGAAGAAAGUCGUACUCUGAGAUGACAAAUGAAGAACUCAUGGCUCUAGAUCCACAGUUCCAGACAACUAGAUCGAAGACCCAAAAUGUGGACAAAUUCAAGUUCGACUCCCAGAAGAUGUACUAUUUGCCAAGUACUCGUAGAAGCAGUACAGCAGCUGCAGCAGCUGCAGCAGCGGCCGCUAAACUUGUAGAAUACCCUACUUCCAACGAGAAUAACUACAACUCAAUCUCUCUCACAGUCAAACACGACCAAUUCGACACUAUUCUCGUCAAUAGAACGCUUCUUAGUGUUAUUUCCGGUCGUAGGCAUACAUGGAAUGCCUUGGAUUGGUUGUUUUUGAUAGACCAGGAUGGUCACAAACUUGCCCACCCAGACCCUUCUUCUUCGUUUCUCACAGACGGAGAUUAUCUCAUAAUAGCCAGUAUCAUUCCAGUCAAGUUUAUCAAGGAAUUAGCCAAGAAGAACCGCAAACAGACACUCGACGAAUACUUGUAUAACAAGUGCGAGAAGCUACUUAAUUAUAUAAUGAGCACUCCGAUGCUUCGGGAAAGCAACUUGAAGUUGAAGAUCACCGUAGAGUUCAUCCCAGACAUCGAGGUAGACUCCAGCGUGUUCAAGCCCUGUGUUGGCAGUAAGUAUAUGUUGCAGCACUUGUUCAAACAGUACCAGCCCAACUUGAUGAUAAUUGGAAACAAAUCUUCUAAUUUGAAUUUCAAGUAUCCCAUUAAGAUCAAACGUCAGAACGAGCGCGACGAGUACUUGAUCAAGUUGAGCUCGUACAUCGUGAAGUACUCGACUGUACCAGUAAUCUUGGUAGGCAGUAGCACUAAGUUUCACAAUGACUACUACCUGGCUCACUCGCUGGAUGCUUCUUCCAUCGAGUCAGUUGAGUCGUUUAACGGUGAUCAAUUGGAUGCACAACGCGACUUUGAAGAGAAGCUUAAGCAUAUAGAAGAAAUUCCCAAUAACUACGAGGACAAAUUCAGGGACAUUAUUGCUUUGAUCUCCGACAAUGCUUUGAAUGAGGCAACCAGCUACUUGAGUGCCAUCAGUUCAAAGGAUGACUCUGUCAAGAUUAAUAGCAAGGUUCAUGCCAUCUACAGGAGCCAGACUACAUCGACAAACUCCAACGAUCGGAUCUACAAAGUGAAGUCAAUGAUCAGUUAUAAUGAAGAGGACGAAGCCAAAAAUGAUAAACUUAUCAAACAGUUGAAGCAGAAGAGGAGAAGUUCUGCCUCGAAGAGCGUAAGCGGAGUCAGCAGCUCAUCUGAUUCGUCUUUAACAGCUCCAAAAGAAACUGAAGCUCCUGGGAAGAAGAAGUCAAUCUGGAAGAAGUUUGGUUUCAAGAAGUAA